UUUAUGUCCAUGACUUUGAAUAUAAUUCACCUGUCAAAUUUAAAACUACUGAAGUAAGAUACAUUUAACCACACAAAUAUAMYCAAAUUCACGAUGGGAAAGAUAGCUAACGGUGUAAGUUGCAGCCAAAGAAAAGCUKUUAAUGGCGGUAAAGUUGGUCUUCAGGAGAAAUGCGAAGAAAAUCAAGAAAAGUGUCAAGAGAAUAGCUUGUGUCGGGCCUUACGAUGGGACGAAGUGCCGAGUCAGUUUCGUGAACAGUUUAUUAUGACCGGCUACAGAAAACCGUAUACAUCUUCUUACCAUUGCAUCAAGAGUGCAUUUAUGGCCCGUAACGAAACGAUGAAUUUUUGGACACAUUUCAUUCCUUUCCUCUUGUUUAUCGUGCGUUUCACCUUACUCUUCAACCGGGAACCAUUUGACCCUUAUACGUACCCUCUAUUGUGCUUUGCCGUAGGAAUCUGUGGAUUUCUCCUCAUGAGUUCAGGAGCUCAUCUGUUCAAUUCAAUGUCCCCGAGGACUAGACAUGUUUGUUUCUUCUGUGACUAUUGCGCUAUUAGUGUUUACAGUGUAGGAGCCGGUAUGGCUUUCUAUUCGUACGGCCGUCCCGUUCCUGAAAAUGACAACAUUGGACGUAGCUUCUUCUCUCCAGGUAUCUACCUCCUAGGAUCAAUCCUUGUUUCAUUUAUCUCGACUUACUUCUGCUGUGCUUCAAGACACCGUUGGCCCAGAUACAAAGCAGCUGUAGAGGGUAUUGAGGAGUCCAUCGACCCCUUGGCUUGGUCCUAUUUUAAGAGRCAUAGUAUAUUCUAUUUGAUCGCUGCCUUGGCUAAUACAUCCAGAAUGCCUGAACGAUUGAUGCCCGGCGUUUUUGAUAUUGUGGGACACAGUCAUAACUUUCUUCAUGUGUUCACGGCGUUGGGUGUUUCAGAUCAAUUUACCGCYAUGGCUAUUGAGAUGCAGCAUCGACGGCCUUCACUAGAACCCUUGGGAGGGAUAUUUUUAUCGAGUUAUAGCCUGGUGAUGAUGAUUGCUGUAUCGAUGACAAACAUUCUUAUUGUAAUAUGGUUUGGGAUCCAUCUUCGAUCAAACAAAGAAGAAGAAUACAAAGAAUUAUAACGGUAUUGAUAUGUCUAUCGUAAAAAUUCCUCUUCAAACUGAACAUUUGGUGAAACUGAAAUAGAAACUGAAAUAAUUACAUCCAUCGUCGAUAUAGACAUUAAAAGGUGUCAAAAACAAAUUUYGAAUAGAAUAGCUUUGCUAAAAACGGAUUUAAAACAAGUUCUUGUAACGAUCUGUGUUAUGGUUAUUAAUCAUCAGUACAACUGUGGGCUGGCAGUAAAUUGCCAUGGAAAUCACAAGUCAAAUGAAACAUUUUCCGUUAAGUCGUCAUGUCCAUCAUGAGCUAAACUUAUCAAUAUUUUCCAGAAAAAAAAGUAUAUGUAACUUAGGGUAACUUACAAAUUGUCGACUUUUUCAAUAUUUUAGACUAUAAUCUGUAUGCUAAGAUUUUAAAGAUUUUAAUACUCGGACAAGUUUUUAAUAAAAAAGAGUAUGCGACAAGUACGCUUGUGAAAAAGAAGUAAGUCGAGUAUAUACACUAAUAACCGAUGUUUGAAUCUUUUGYACAGAGAAAUUUUUGACCAAUGUGAAUAAUAAAUGUUUUGACAUUUUGAAGUUUUUUUUUCUACCACACAUGGGAUUAGAUAUGUCGUAUGGGCUAAAUAUCGUAUGGGCUAAAUGUUUAUUUGUCUCGAUAUUUCAGGUCGACGGCCCGCAUAGACAAAUAGAUACAUUUUUUAUACAUUAUAUAGGUACUUGUCAUGCCCAUGGCUUUGACAUUACUCUUGUUAGUGUAUAUUUACUAGUAAAGUGGGGUUUAUAGUUAUUUGGAAUGAUUCGUUCAUUUUUAUUUAGCUCAGUAAAACUUGUACGAGUAUUCAUCGCCAUGGAUAUUGACAAAUA